AUGGAUUCUCCUACACGCUGCAAAUUUGGGCAAUGGAAACGGUAUCGAAGAUUGGGAGCUUUGUGGAAAAAAACUGGACAAGGGUUUAAGAACGGUCCUAGAUGCAUAAACUGGAUGGGAGCUGCAAAGGUGUCAUAUGAGGAGAUCAUUGGGUUGGAAGAAAUUAUUACACCCGAGGAUGACAUCUAUGCAUACAUCUCAUGGACAGAAAAUUAUGAUGUAGUCCAAGAUCAGGCUUUUCGCAAAGCUGAUGAAGUGGAGGAUGAUAGAAUCCAAGUUCUGAUGGAGUUGAUAAAGAAUAAGCAUGAUUGGAGUGAGCAUAUUUGGGAAACUGAAGAAACUGCAGUGGUUUAUUUAUCUCUUGAUGAUGAAUCAGCUGUGAAUGAUGAAGGAAGCGUGAAUUUUGAAGCAGCCGAGAGUGAUGAAGACUUUCAGACUCCAAAAGGAUCAAAGAACGUAGGCGCUAGAUCAAAGAAGGGUAAGAAGAGGCUUCCGGAUCGUGGUAUGGAAAAAAGGAAGCAUAAGGUUCUUUCAAGUGGACCAAAGCAAGCGCCUUUUAAUGAAGACAUGAAGGCUUUUGUGACACAGUUGUUUGAGCACAAUUUCUCUGGAAUGGAGCGGAGACUACAGAAACAGAUGGCUUAG